GAAACAUCCGGGUCUCUCAGGUUUCUAUCUGGCGACCCGUCGCCAUUAGUAGAAGCUCCCUAACGGAUAUAUUUUUUUGGUGAAAAUCUCCCAAUUGUCGUGUUUUCCAGCCUUUGGAAAACAUCUGCCGCCUUGUUAAGGGCAUUUUGUUUCCCUUACCGAGUAAACAACCUAAACUCGGGGGGUGUUGGCCCCGCGUGUUGAGCUUUCGUCCUCUCCACCAGCAACCCCCAUAACUUGAGACGCCGAAAUCGUGUCUCUUCUUUUUUCUCGGAUUGUUUAUUGUCAAGAUGUCGCCGUAAUGGGUUAUCCGCGUUUGACAGAAAUGCACCAGGGCCUUCGUCGCCUGACCCGCACUCACAGCCCGCUUUCUCCCUUUGUUUUCCCGUGUGGCGUUAGAGAGCUCGGCGGCUCUCUACCCGCAGCUCGGCCCCUGUACCGCGGACUUCACGGAGACAAACAUGGAGAAAAACCCCAACAGCAAGGUUCCGCCCCGGUCCAGCUCCACAGGCCCGACACCGGGCGAUUCUAAACCCAAAACAGAAAGUAAAAAUAAUGGAGGCUCCAAGCGCUACAGCCGCAAGCAUGAGCCUGCUAUUCCAAAAACCGAAAAUGUUCAAGGCCCUCGUCACACCAAUUCACAGAAAAGCAAAAGCUUUGACAAGAGACCCGCCCAGAGAGGUGGAGGAAAACAAUAUGGCGUUGCAGGUGGAGGACGACGUGAGGAGGUAGCAGAGACCUGCCGGGCAGACUUUAGCCCGGCUCAGUUUGCUGGACCUAAAAAAGUUAGCCUCAACCAUCUGCUGAACUUUACCUUUGAACCUCGUGGAGGUUUCGGUGGCAUCGGAGAGGGAGGCAACUCUGGUUGGGGCCGCCGAAACAAAUGGGGCCACAAGCACAAGCCCUUCAACAAGGAGCUUUUUCUGCAGGCCAAUUGCCAGUUCGUGGUGUCUGAUGACCAGGACUACAAGGGUCACUUCACUGAUCCAGAUACUUUGGUCAACUGGGACUGUGUGCAGCAAGUGCGUAUCUACAGUCAUGAGGUGCCGUCUUGCCCGAUCUGCCUCUACCCUCCUCUGACCGCCCGCAUCACCAAGUGCGGACACAUCUUCUGCUGGCCGUGCAUGCUGCACUACCUCUCUAUUGGUGACAAGAGCUGGUCCAAGUGCCCCAUCUGCUAUGAGGCAGUAAGCACCGCUGACCUGAAGAGGUAAGUCAAUAAAAGCCUUUUAGGCUAACUAAAGCCACCCGACGAACAAACACUAACAACUGUAUUGAUUCUUUAAUGCAAAAGUUACAAUCUGCAAUCUGUUGUAGUCACAAUUAUUAAUCGGCUCCAGCUCUGAUUGUAAGUGAUGGUGUGGGGAUUGUCCACAGUAUUGAGUAUGUAAGUCGCUUUGGAUAAAAGCGUCUA